AGACUCAAACACCAGCACUGGUCCAGCAGGCUCAACCACUCAUGGCAGUGAGUACAGUCCUGCGCAUCAAGCGCAAACGCACAGACGAUCCCGUACAGAUCCUCUUGACGCAAGAAGACCAACCUAUAGAAACUAGUAGUGUCGCGCAUGAGCAAGCUACCAAGAAACGUCGCGUAUGGCAGCUUUCGCAGUCGUCUGAUCAUCGCGGUAUCCCGGUACCGCUAUCUACAAAGAGGCCGCGGUCGGCAACACUCGAAGAAGGUAGCACAGCAGUUGAACCACCGAGAUUCAAAGUACGCAAGCGGAAAUCGCAGCUUGGCGAGAGUCGUCAGGAAGAUUAUAGGCGUGUGCUGGACCUUGAGCGUAGGGAGGAGAGCGUAAAGAAUGACAAUUCGCUCGAGAAGGCUUCUCUAGCGCCUGACCCGAGGCUAGCUGAUAUGCUGAGCGAUUAUCUCGAAUCAAGUGCUGCUGCGACGAAAGAGGCAGAAUCGGAGGACACGACCAUGAAGGAGGAAGACUACGUCUAUGACAUUUAUUACCCUUCUGCUGCUGCUGAAGCUAUUGCAGCAGCUCAAGAAGCCAUCACCUCAAAUUAUGGCUUGCUAGAACACUUCAAUUGGGAUGACCUGGACCAAUUGGUUGUAGAGGAAGAGGGCAGUGAUCAAGAUGGACAUGAUUCAGAGGACAGCAAUGCAGAGAGUUGGAUCGGUAAUGACUAUCCGGAUGAGGAAGAGGAUGACUCUGACGAGUCUGGCCACAUUUACGGCAGCGAUGCAGAGGAAGAGUGGGAUCGUGAUGAAUGGCUUGAGGAUUGACAUCUCAACGGCUUCCGUUUGAUCAUGCGCACUGGCUCCAUCUGCAAACACAAUGACACCACGGACCUCCAACAUGGGGACUAAACCCUUCUCGAAACGGCAACACGUCUGAACGAGGAGACUGCUAGGAGACGAUGUAAAACCCGUUUU